UUGUGACUAUAUAAGUUGUUUAAAUUUUGCUAAAAAAUCAGUAUCAACAACUUAGUUGGAACUAACCUAUCUCUUAAAGAAAAUUAUAUCAACAUGAAGUUCACUACAAUCGCUGUUGCCAUUCUCGCUUUUAUUUUGGGCGUUCAGUCCCAUACUUUCCAAACUGGUCUCUUAAGCCCUCUUCUCGGCCUAGGUCUUAAUGGACUUAAUCUUGGCCUUAAUCCACUUGGUGUAGCGCCUGUUGGACUUGGAAUAAAUGGACUUGGACUAGCUGUUGGUGGAAGUAAUGGACUUGGCCUAAAUCAUCAUCUUGCUGGACUAUGGAAUUUGCACAAUCUUGGAUGGGGUCGUCGCUCUGGAGAUCUUGGAGUUGUUGAUGGUGGUAUAUAUCCUUAUGGAUAUGGAAACUCAUUGUCUCAAGGAUCUGCUAUCCUAGCUGCUCCUACCACUGCUGGACAUAAUGUUGACUUAACUGGUUACGGAGCAAUUUCGGGACACGGUGCUACUUAUGUUGCCAAGACUCGUGGAUCUGUUCAUACUGCUCCAUUAGAUGGACACACUAGCUCAGUUGCUUCGGUAAAUGUUGCUUCAGCUCCAGGAACUUUUUAAGGAAAUAUGGGCUUUACUAUUGAAUAUAAUCUCAAAACGGCUCUUCGACGAAAAACUAAUAAAACUUAUCUUACUCUUUUUUAAAUAAAAAUUCAAUUAAUUUAUUGGCCAAUAUAAUAAAA